GAUGUCAGGACUCAGCAUGAAAGGUUUUUUAAGGGGAUCCAGUGGGAUCCACGCACUGAAAGCCAAGACAACGUGUAUCGGACGGAUGGAGGAUUCGGACCUGUGUUUCAAGAACGGGGGAAUGGAGGAUCGUCACGCCCUGAUCGAGCUGAGCGAUUCGGAGAACUGCUUUGUUCUACGGGAUCUGAACUCUGUCAAUGGGACGUUUGUCAACGACUGUCGUAUCCAGAACGCGGCUGUGCGCCUGGCCCCGGGGGACGCACUACGCUUCGGGUUCGGGGGCGAUACCUACGAGCUAGUUCUGGACAACGUCCCCUCGGUGCUUUGCCCUCCAGUGAGCCAGCGAUCGGCGUGGCCGGGUCACCUCCAGCUCAUCGAGUCGCGCUCUCCCCCGCUGGCGGCGGCGCCGUUUCCAGCGCUCUCCACGCUGAGCUCAGCCAGCGCGCUGGGUGGGUUGGUGCACGGAGGGGGUGCCACCGUUCCCCACCCCCCCCUGAGGAAGCGUGCGGCCAGCGCCGGCAGCAGGCGGGUGGUCACCGCCUACAGCACCGACCCGGGCAGUAGCCCCCUCGCACGAGUUUCACUCUUCUUGUCCUAG